AUGGAUAUGCAAAAUCUUGUGAACAACCUCAAAAGCACCGCUCUCAGCGUGGGCGAAAUGCUCACUCCUGUUUUGAGAGAGAGCAAAUUUCGAGAAACAGGAGUAUUGACUCCUGAGGAAUUCGUCGUCGCUGGUGAUCACCUUGUUCAUCAUUGUUCUACAUGGAAAUGGUCGAAGGCUGCGGACCCUAGUAGGUCGCGAUCAUACCUUCCUGCAGACAAGCAGUUUCUUAUUGUUCGAAACGUUCCUUGCCAUAAGAGGUGUCGUCAAAUGGAGUAUGAUUCUAGUCAGGAGAAGAUUCUUUCAUCAGAAGAAAUCGGAGCAGAGGACGGGUUCGCAGGUGACGAAGAUAGCGGCUGGGUGGAUACACAUCACUUUGCUCAUGAUAGUGGGGAAAUGGGAAGCGUGGAAUUAGGCGAAAAAGUAGGCUCAAGCUGUUCAUUAUUUUGUAUGCGGUGGAACCACUUCUAUGGUCCUUUUUUAAAGAGAUCAGAACUUGUAAAUUCUAAUGACGACGAUGAUGGUGAUGAGCCUGCUAUGGAUCUUGAUGAAUUUGUCGAAUCUGGAGGUUUAGAAGAUAUCGAUCCAAACAGAUAUGUCUCUCCUCAAGCAGUUACUGUAGCUGAAGUUGAAAGGCCUCGCACUUAUGACUUACACAUUACAUACGAUAAAUACUAUCAGGUUCCAAGACUGUUUCUCAUGGGAUAUGACGAAAACCGGAAACCACUUACUGUGCAAGAAACCUACGAAGACUUUUCGGCCGAUCACGCUCAUAAAACCAUUACCGUUGAAGCACAUCCUCACAUUGAUUGCGAUAUGCCUACGGUUCAUCCAUGUCGCCAUGCUGAGAUGAUGAAACGCUUAUUGGACCAGCUCGCUGAAAAUGGUAAAGAACUUGGUGUACAUGAAUAUUUGUUAAUAUUUCUGAAGUUUGUGCAGACCGUAAUACCAACUAUUGAGUACGACUACACGAGGUCAAUCCAAUUGUGA